AACUUCAGUAACUCACCCAAAUUCGGCAAAAAUAAAAGGAAAAACCCCGAUAUAUAAGCAAACCCUGAGAUCAAAUUUGUGCCUUCCUAACUUCACACGACCAAAUCACGGCAAACCCCUCACACUCACAGAUCAAAGUAACUCCAUCAAACAAUUGCUAAUUUCUUCUUCAAAAAAUGCGUCAAAGAAAAAAACAAAAAAUUGUUCCUCAAAAAACAAGAAUCGUUGAAGGAGCAACAGCAGCAGGAGAUUAUUGUUUACCUGAUGAGUGUUGGGAAACUAUCUUCAAAUUCCUCAUCGACGAAGGUGACGACAACAACCACCACUUCCGGUCACUCUCCGCCGUCUCGAAACAGUUUCUCUCUAUCACUAACCAACUUUUAUUCUCAUUAAAUGUCAAUAAUAUCGUUAACAAACCCUCCGAUUUCCUUUCUCGCAUCAUCCAUAGAUUCACCAAUCUCAACUCUCUUCACCUCACCGGAAACAAAAUCUACAAGAGUCUCCGCCAAAUCUCUCGUUUACAAUUUAUCACUCUCAAAUCACUCCAUCUCAACUGUAAAUUGUCUCAAUUUCCAUCCGACGCUUUACGACUCGUCUCCAGAAAUAUUACAACAUUAACCUCACUCACAUGUUCCCAUGUUCCCACUUUUUAUUCCCAUCAUCUCUUACUUAUUGCUGCAUGUUUUCCUUUGCUCGAACAACUCGACCUUAGUUCCCCCAAUUUCCCCAAAAGAAUUUGGCAACAUCAUAACUCACUCAACGAAGGAGUAAAGGCUCUUUCGUCGUCACUUCUCAAACUCCGGAAGGUUGAUCUAACCGGUCAUUACUACAUGGACGAUCAAUCUCUUUGUUACUUGUUCAAGAACUUGAAGUUUCUUGAAGAAGCUAUCAUAAUUGGUUGUUAUCACAUAACUAACAACGGUGUUGCUAAUGCUCUCCGCGAGAGACCUAAUUUGAGGUCUUUUUCCUUUACCAGUUACAGUUAUUUUGAUCCGGAACAUGCUGCAAACAAUUUUAUUGUAUGCCCUCAAUUAAUGUCUCUCGCUUUUACUUUCGGUCAUGUAAGUAAAACAGGCAUAGGAAUAUUGUUUGCUUCCAUUUUCCCCAAUUUGCAGCUGCUUGAUUUGAGUCGUUGCAGCCUAUAUGUAGAUGAUAUUUUCCAUGUUUUAAGGAAUUGUACUAAGAUUAAACAGUUGAACUUAACCAAUUAUUCAGGAAUGAUGUGGCAUGAGAUGAACUUUGAUGUUCCCAAUCUGGAGGUGUUGAACUUGUCACAUACAAUGGUUGAAGAUGAAGAUCUCGGUGUCAUCUCAAAGAGUUGUCAUGGACUUUUGAAACUGUUACUAGUAAAUUGUUGCUGUGUCACAAAAAAAGGAGUACAUCAUGUGGUAGAAAACUGCAAGCAACUGAGAGAGAUCAAUUUAAAUGAUUGUCAGAAUGUACAUGCUAAUGUUGUUGCCUCCAUGGUAUUAUCAAGGCCAUCACUAAGAAGAAUAAUUCCUCCACAGCCCAAUUAUUGUUUUAGUGACACAGAUUUAGAACUCUUCUCGCGUCGAAGAUGCCUUGUUCAAACUGCUCUUACAAAGAACGUUAAACUCUGAAAUGUUAUUCUGCUUGGGGCAACUUGACUCUUGAUUAUCGGAGUCUCAGUUUUAUGCUAUUGUUGCCGUCGUUCAUUGCUGGUAAUGCUGAUGUUUAAAUAUCCUGCUGAUUUAAGUUGGUGCAGUCAUGUUAAUAUUAUAGACUGGUCAAAAUCUAGUUUGUUAGACUCAGUUUUAGGUGUUUCAUAAUUUGUUUUGUAAACUGAAUUGAAAGUUUUACUUCUUUAGAAUGACGGCAGGGAUUCAAAAUCCAUUGAGGACAUAUUUGAAAGUAACUUUGGUUUGGUUUUUCUGAACUGUGAGUCGUCCUAACAUUAGGGAAAGCUUGCAGAUGUGGAUGUGGCUAAAAUCAUUGUUUGUUGGCAUCUAAUGCUUUUUUGGAGUUUCAUUUGGCUAUUUCUUUUUCUGUAAAACCUUUUUCAGUGUUUUUUUAUUUUUCUGUAAAGCCUUUUUCUAUUGCUAUCAAUUAGUACUAUUAGUAUUUUCAUUUCUUAA